AUGGGGUGGACAAUGAGUAUAGUGGCAAGCACAUGGCGUGGAGGCUGCAGGUCUUGCCCCGAUCACGCUGAGUUGCUGCUGUUGUCGUUGUUGCUUCUUUUUUUCCAGGCGGUACCUUCCUGUGGUGAGGAGUCACUAGCCACGCGAAAGUUGCUCACCCUUGGACUCAUCACAGACAGCCACUACGACACAUUUCCAGCGGGGGAGAAGGCACCAUGGGAGAGCAUGCAUCACUGGCUGCAUGAGCAGCGCAAGCGUACAACCACCACAACACUGCGCCGCUACGAUCUUGCGAGGGACAAGAUGGACGAGGCCAUAUCGCUCUUCAACAGCGUGACAGAUAUGAAUUUGGUGGUGAACUUGGGAGACCUUGUGAACAACGACUUGAUGUGGAAUUUGAAGCCGAUUCUGGACAGCUAUCACCGCGCAAAAGCACCACACUACAGUGUUUUGGGCAAUCAUGAUCUACGCGCGCACAAUGACCGCUUUGGAAAACUCAACAAGACACAGGAGGAGUGGCUGAUGAAGAAGUUGGGGCUGCAUCGCCGGUACUACACCGUCGAUCACCCGCCGUUCCGAUUCAUCUUUUUGGACUCCAUGACUAAUGACUUGGAAAACACCAAUACCACGACAAAAGAGGCACAAACAAAGUGGCUAAAGGAAGAGCUGGACCUGGCCAAAGCAGCGGAGCGCGUGACGAUUCUGUUUGCCCACAUUCCCAUUGGUUUUGAAACGAACCUGCUGGGGCCACUCCUCAAGUCAUAUGACCAGAUGCCGUUGGUGUUCUCUGGGCACAACCACAAGGGGGAUUAUGUCGUCCAGGGGCCGCACCGUGUUCACUGCAUUACUCUGGCAGGCCAAAUUGAGACACUAUCCAACGCCUUUGCGGUGGUGGAGAUCUUCGAGAACCGUGCGGAACUAACGGGCUUUGGGCGGGUGCCCUCGCGUAUUCUGCAUUUCCAGCCACAUGUAGUGGAUUUGCUUCGGCGAUAUCAAGGGCCUCUAAGGCACAACCUGACGACGCAAGGCUUCCAGCCUCCCUUGCCAGACGAGCUAUGGGCCAAUGAAGUGCUGCAAAAACCACCCAGUCUUCAGUUGAAUAUUCCGCACUACAGAAAACCAUUGUUGCCUGGAGCAGCGGUACAAACUCCUCCACAGACCCGUUUUACCAAUGAGGUGUUGCCUCUAUUGAAAAGGGAUAUGGUAUCCAUUCGUGGUCGUGAAGAACCCGUGGAUCUCACCUCUGCGACGCGGAAGCGUACGCUUCUGAUCAACGGAGUGAAGGUUAUUUCUGAGACAGAUGUGUUGCCUCCUGCUGGGGGUCUCACUCCUGUUAAUGCUGGGAGCACAGGAACUGAAACAGAUUCCCUGCUCGAGAAGGAGACUGUUCUAACCUUUGCGUUGUGGGCGCCUGUAGUGGGACUUUUUUUUCUCCUGUUAUGGACUCUGAAAAAGAGGCGCCGCUUGAAAUGGCGUGACACUGUGUACACAAAGCCGUAG